AUGGAUCCACUUGAAGAGGCGAUCGAGGAGGCCAUUCUUACCGAAGGAAAGAAUCUCACGGCGAUUGCUAAGAAGCAUGGUGUUGAUAGAUCAACACUCUCACGGCGCUACCACGGUGUUACUGGUUCCAAAGCGGAUAGCUACGAUACUUAAAUGCUUGUCAAUCGCGCUUAAUCUAGGGCUCUCCUAGCUUAUAUAAGCUACCUUACAGCCAAAGGAAUACCUCCUA